AUGAUUGAAGAUGAAAAACAAGAUGGUUCAGUUGACUUUCCUGUUGGAGACAAAGCAUAUAUUUUUGAUGCCAUGGCAAUAUUACAAACAUUGACAGUUCUCCCAGCAACAUUUGGAGAACUUGCAACGGAUUUGCUGGCUAAGAUCGUCAACACUGCUGUUUCUUUAAAUUUCAGUCGGGUUGAUUUCGUCUGCGAUAGACAUCCAGAAAAAAGCAUCAAGAAUUUGGAGAGGGACAAGCGAGCUAUGGGUGGAACUAAUGUCAUUCGUAUAUACAGCGAGCAACAGCGAGUUCCUCGGCAGUGGAAGAAGUUUAUGGCCUCUGGAGAAAACAAAGAAGAAAUUAUGAAAUUUAUCUUCAACACCUGGAGAAAUGCGGAUUCACAGGCUCUGAAAGGCGUCGAAGUGUUUCUCGCACACGAAGACAAAUGUCAUAAGUUAACCGAGUUAUUGGGCGAUAUGAGCUGCACUGAAAUUGAAGAACUUUCCUGUGAUCAUGAGGAAGCAGAUACUCGUAUGAUUGCUCACGCAAGACAUGCAUCCCUGUCUUAUUCCAAUGUCAUCGUUAAGAGUCCGGAUACAGACGUGUUCCUUAUUGCACUGAACGCUAUAAACGACAUUAUUGCUAAUCUGUUUUUUGAAACUGGGAAAGGAAAUGCAACGCGAAUCAUCUCGCUCAACAAGACGAAACAGCAUAUCGGAGAACAAUGGUGUUCCUCGUUAAUAGGCUUCCAUGCAUUCACGGGUAAUUAAACCGAUUUACGUAUACAUACAUACAUACAUACAUAAGAAUCAUUAUGUGGUCACCACCUGAUGUCUCUUCACAGAUGAAGAGAAAAAUACGCUUCAGGGACCAUUUAUUAUUUAUGCCAGGGGGGCCUGCCAAGAUUUAUCAGUUAUUUGAACAAAAUGCCUUGACCCCCCUUUGUACAAAUACAAAAUACCAUUACUCCUCCCUGCACACUUUUAAAAUGCAGACCCUCCUCCCCCCUCCCAUCCCCUAAAUAUGUUGGUGCCAAGCGAGAAAAUUUUGGAAAUUUGAAGUCUCUAUAUUGUCGGAAAUUGCAUUUUUAGAGUUUCUUUCCUAACUUCAAAGUCUUUCGAUCCUGCCCGAGUGUUUCUCGCACACCAAGGUCCCGACCUUGGUAUUACUAGCCCAACGCUGUGCAUCUGAGCUACGCGGUCAAUUCCAAUUACAUAUCUUAUAUUAAAUGUGACAUUUAUGUAUUCAAGGCUUAUCCUUUCUGGAUAGGUUGUGACACAACAAGUGCUUUUUAUGGAAAAGGCAAAGUUAAAGCGUUGAAAAUUGCUAGGACGAACGACGAGUAUGCAAUUCUUUUUGGAAACUUGGGUAAAACCGUCACACUAUCGACACAACUAAAGAAUGGGUUAUACGGUUUCGUGUGUCACCUUUACGGUUACGAAGGUAGGUCUGAUGUUAAUUCUGUUCGGUAUGAAAUGUUUAAAGGCGGCAAAUACGAUGAAGAGUUACUACCCCCGAAUCAAGAUUCACUUGACAACCAUAUACGUCGAGCUAACUAUCAAUGCUACAUCUGGCGACAUGCCGUGCAGCCAAUAUUACGUCUGCCAGACUUUUGCGACCACGGUUGGAAGUUGGAUGAAGAAGGAAAUGUCACAAUUAACUGGAUGUCUCAACUGUUCCAUACAUCAUGA